AUGACGUCUCCUGAAUUGAUUGGUCCUUCCGUCGCUCACUUUUUUGGUUUAUUAAUUAGGAUCGUUCAAAUUAACUUCUCAAUUUAGAACGACGAGCUUCUUUGUUUGAUCCUCCGCCACCGCCGCCGUCAUUAAUGAGUAUCGCCGCACAGCCUUCUGAAGAUGUGCCGAGAACAUUUUCUGCAUUCCAUGCCAGAACCUCUGCCUUAGAGGUAUUGAUUAAAUAUUUAUUUGAAAAAUGUCUUCAUUACUGAAAUUUCUGUCCUUGCAGACUUUAGAAGGCGUGGACCUUUCUGGGAAAACAUUUUUCAUCACUGGAACAACAUCUGGGAUCGGCACGGAGACUACACGAGCUCUUGCUCUAAAAGGAGCUCAUGUGGUUAUGGCAAAUCGCAACAUUCUUCUCUCGGAGGAGCUCAAAAAGAAGAUUCUCGCAGAGAAGGUUUUUUUUAUAGUUUUGUAAACGUGCUAGUCAUCUCUCUUGACAUCAAACGUAUAAGUAGUAGAAAUAUUAUUCAAGGCUGACGCGAAGAUUGACCUCAUCACCUGCGACCUCUCCUCGAUGCAGUCUGUCCAGGCGGCGGCGAAUGAGUUUCUGGAAAAACACUGGUCCGUUGGUUUGAUUUAUUUCCGAAACAACAAGAAGAUGGAUUAAUUAUCGAUUUUCAGGCCGCUGCAUGGACUUAUUCUCAACGCCGGCGUUUUCGGACCUCCAACGCCGACGACUUUCGACGGAUUCGAGGCGACGUUUGGAGUCAACCAUCUGGCACAGUACCUCCUGCUCACCAUGCUGCUUCCGAUCCUGAGACAGACCGAGUCCUCGCGAGUCGUCUUUGUCUCGUCAACAUCCAGCAGUCAUACUGGAGUAAAUUUCUUUGUUUUUAUGUAAAAUCACUAAACAUUUUUCUUUGAAUAUUUCUCAAGAAACUAGAAGGCUAGAUUUUCAAUAAUUCUGAGUUUGAUAAAUGGAUAGCACUACACUAAUUGAUUAUGAAUAGAUGCUCAAAGUCAAACCUCAAAAAAGGAAAAGUGUGAUUUUUUUUUCAGCUGAAAGCGUCUCAAUCUUUGGAGGAAAAGCUGGAUACUCUCACCUGUAAAAACGGCGCUUCUACUAACUCUUAUAGGUGGGAAAAGUUGAGAGCAAAAAAAACAAUAUAUCUAAGCAGUAGUUCAGAUACCCUCCAGCAAGUUGAAAAAGUUUUAAAUGGGAUUUUUUAAUGACCUAAAAAGUAUUUUCGCACGCACAGUACUCACUUUUCAUUCGACUUUGUGUUUUGGUCUCUCAGGAUUCACUCAAAGUUUAAUCAUUGAUCAACUUUCCAGACUUUAUGCCUAUUCGAAAAUGUGCAACGUGCUAACCGCUUUCAAACUGGCGCGCGAAGAGGAAAAGAAUGGAAUCUCUGUGUACGCCCUUCAUCCAGGGUCCAUGAUCGCCACAGGUUUUGUUGAUUUUUAUCUCUGGUCUUCUAGCAUUCCGACUUCCGAUAUUUUUUUAUUUGGAAAAUAAUGGUCUUCGGAUCGUUCUUCGUUCUGAGACCUCAAGGAAACAGUGGGAAGAUUAAUUACGUUGGAUAAGAGAACCUGGCGAAAAGAACGGGAACCAAAACGGGCGCUUCAGAUAUUUCUCGAAGCUAUGGGUUUCUGAGCAAGAUCCUGACGACGGUCACCAAACCUUUCACCAAGAACCUGGAGCAAGGAGCAGCGACCACCGUCUACUGUGCAUCUUCUCCGGAACUUGACAAUGUCAGUCUCCCUCGAAAGUUGGCUUUCCCAACUGAAAAAGAAUGUUCAGUAUUCUGGGAAGUUCUGGGUGUCGUGCAAAGAGGACGAGAAGUCUCUGGACGUGAACAUCGCUCGAGAUGAGGAGCUACAGGACGCUCUCUGGGCUCGCUCAGAGUCUCUUGUCGAGAAGUGGCGCAACUCUCAGAAACCGAUUUGCACUAUCGAUUAUUGAUUUCACCGUUUUUACCUAACAAACGUCGUUUAGUUUCUUCAAAUUGUGCCUUUUUCGCUUCUUUCCAUGACUUAAACACGUCUAUGGGUUUUUGAAACGUCUAACAUUCAUUGCUGACUUCGUCAUCUUGGCUCCUUCGUUACGGUUUCUCUAAUUUCGAUAGUUUCUCAAUAAAGCCAAAUGACACGCAUUCUGACUCGAUAAUGCAGAAUUGCUAUUUUCGGUUUCGAGGUCGUUGUAACAAACAAUCCCGGCCAGAUUUUAUCUCGACAAGUCAAGGCUAUUUUUCUUCGGCGCUUCAGAAAGAACUUUGAAAAUUUUGGCAAUUCUUAAAAUCCAGAGAUCCCUAAUACAUCAAGAACGAAUCCAAACAGACAUCUGAGAAAACGGCGAGAUAAGCGGCGUCCCGAGACGAAAUAGGCUUUCAUCCAAAGUCCCUCGUCGGCAGGUUUUUGAUUGGCGUAACUUGUGACAUUUCGCCUUUAAUGGGCUGCAAAGCAACUGUCGUCUCGACUGGAUAUUGCUCAGGUUAGAUACAUAUGGUUGGGUGAUGCGACGUGCCAGAGCUUGUGAGUUUGCAAGUUCUUGACUUUUGAAAAUUCAGCUGUGAAUGCUGUAUCGAACAGUUGCAAAAGUUGUAUAAAGGAAGAAAAAUAUUAAGAUUAAGUCUAAAUUCUACUACGUAUGUUUGCAAAAGUUGUGCCCUGAAAUUAAUUCUUAGAUAUUUUGUAACUUUUUCAUUGUUAAUCGAAGUUUUUUCUUCACGACAAAAGAGGAAAGAAAGACAUAAUCAUUACUUUGAGUGAAAAGUUCAACAUCGGUACUUAUGUGGGAAUAAAACUGCGUAAUUUGAAGGAAAGAUCAAAGACGCAGUAUCUGAAUUUUAAAGCAUGUUUGAGAGAAACUUGAGGUUCCUCUCUACGCCUUAAAUAUUUUUCUUGAAGACACUACGUUUUUCAUAGAUUUUUAGAGAUAAUUUCAAGAAAGUAGUUGUCCGGAUUUGAAAAAUGACCUUGAUGAAUUAUUGACAUUUUUGCUGGUUUAGAAAGAGUAAGCUUUGAGUCUUUUAAGUUCCUUGAAAGUUUGUCAAUAAAAUUGGAGCGUUUUCAGGCUUUACAUUUGAACAAAUUCUUCCGGAAUGACGCAAAACUUUUGCACCGUAGUGGAAUUCUUGUCGGGAGACGAUCUUGGGUCGACACGACCCAUCGUGACGCGAAAUACCCGUUUCUGGACGGCUACAUUGUUUUUUCGGCACUCGCUCACUUCAUUGGCAACCGGACCGAACGAGAAGCACAUGUGAAGAGAUGCUUAACCCGAGAGGGGGCGGUCCCCGACGGCUACCUUGUUGAAUAA